AUGAGCAAACUUUGUUUUCAGACUACAAGCCACGGGGCGUUUUACGGCACACUAGGCACACCCUGUGCGCAUGCCUAUGUAAUUAAAAGAGACAAUGGCGUGGUGCACAAUAAAGAGCUGCGUGGUGAGAUAACUGAAUUACUGUUAGCGAAUCUUAUAUCAAAGUACGCAGUUAACAAUGGUUUGGCCGUGCAAUGCGCAGGAAAAAAAGACAGCGCAGCAGCUACACAGAAUGGAGACACGCAGCAAGUUAAAGGCCGACCGGGAAACCCGGAAAGCGUUAGUCGGACGGAAUUAAAGAGGAUCUGA